AUGACUUCGAAUGGACUCGUCCAACUUCCAGGUACCUCCUCUGAGACCCUCCUGAUAGACCCAAUCGAUGAUCAUUUCAGUGGGAAGUUGUGUGGAGAAGUGGGCGAUUCAGAAGAAGCUUGGCGAGGGAUCGUUCGGCGCCGUGUACCUGGUGAAGGAGAAGGAGAAGGGCGGGCCGGAGUACGCGCUGAAAGUCGAGGCGGAGGCGGAUCCGCUCGGACUCCUUCGCAUGGAAGUCACCGUUCUGAUGGAGGUGCAGAAGCUCAAGGCGCAAGGACGGCACUUUCUGGAGCUCGUCGACCGGGGAAGUGUGAAGGGAAAGUUCAAUUUCCUUGUGAUGACGCUGGUCGGGAAGAGUCUGCAGGCGCUGCGGGAGACUGCCAAGUACGGAAAGUUCACGUUCGGCACGGCCAUUUCGGUGGGCAGACAGUGUCUGGAGGCGAUCGAGGAUCUGCACGCGAUCGGCUUUCUGCACAGGGACAUCAAGCCGGGCAACUUCACAAUCGGACGCAAGGAGCGGAAGGAGCUCGACAAGGUCUACAUGCUGGACUUUGGGAUGGCGCGAAAGUACGCGCACGAGGACGGAACGCUGCGGAAGCCGCGAGCCCGCGCCGGCUUCCGCGGGACCGUCAAGUACGCGCCGAUCGCCACUCACACGCAGCGGGAGCAGUGCCGGAAGGACGACAUCGAGAGCUGGCUGUACAUGAUGAUCGAGUGGACCGUCGGACACCUUCCCUGGAAGAACGUCGCCGAGUCGAACGACGUCGGCGCCGCGAAGAAGGAGGCGAAGGCGACGAAGACGACGUUGUUCGGCGGGUGUCCCAAAGAGUUCUCGGAGAUAUUUCCGAUUCUCGACAAGGGAAAGUUCUACGACAAUCCGGACUACGCGAGCAUCUACGAGCUGCUCGGCAAGGCGAUGGUGAACACGAACUCGGACGAGUUUCCGUACGAUUGGGAAAAGUUGAACUUCUUCUAUCAACAGUAA